AUGCAGACACGUGAUGUUCCAUGGCGCGUUGUAGACUGUGAAUCUAUCUUUACACUCCAUGCUUGCUUGACACUGCGUGUCUUCCGGCGUCUUUGUUCGCAGGCUAACGGGAGCGCUAAAGCAGCCCGCAGGAAUAGUAAACAUACUUUCCUUGCUUUGCCUGCUUCUAAGAUCCCAGCCUUUUGUCCUAGCUCGGGGAAAAGCAGCUCUGCAUCCACUCCUUUCUCAGAUGCGUCUAAGCCUACUAAUCACCUCUCUGCCUGCUCUAAGUCCUCGAUCCCGUAUCUUAGCCUGAGCCGGGCUGGCCACAGCCCAGUUCCAACCUCUAAUGAGUCCCUGCGAGUCCCUGGCCCUUCACAGUGGGCCAAAGGUUAUGGCUUAUCGCUCUCUGCCCAAACCCAUGGCACCCAAUCCAGCUACUACUCCUCUUCAUCCUCAUCCCACUCCUCCUCUUCCUCAGCGUCUCCUACCUCCACCUCAUCUUCCUCAUCACCCUCCUCCCCCUCUCUCCUUUCCCCCACCACCGUGAGCCGGGCCAGUCGGGCCCCACACGUCCCUGGCUUCAGCAGUCCAAGACCGCAGCCUGGCACCACCAGCAGCCUGCCCAUUAUCACACCAGCGUCAACCUCAAAGGACAUGGCAUAAGGCUUUCAUCUCUUUCUACUCUAUAUAUGU